AAAAGCAAGCGAGGCGCCAGCGGGACUUUCUCUCCCCCCGGGCAGCCCGGGCAGCCUGCCCGAAGCACCUUUCCCCUCUAUAAAUCCCCUCCCCCCCUCCAGUAGCUCUCUACGGAAUUCCUGCAAACACCUAGCGAUCUUCUUUUCUCUCCCUGUUCGCUUAGUUAUUAUUCUUCUCUGAUCCCAAAUGGAGGCUGGUUUGAAGCUAAGGUUCUUCGCCGUGGCCAUGCUGGCCGUCGUGAUGGCCUCCUCCCUCGUGGAGAAGGCGGCCGCCGCCGACGCCCCAGCCCCCAGCCCCACCUCCAGCGCCUCCGCCGCCGCCCCCGCCCUCGCCUCCCUCGCCACCAUCGCCUUCGGUUACCUCUUCUGCUGAACGGAGAGAGCGUCGUCUUCGGAUGCGGAUGCCUCGCUUCCGUUGUAAUUUGUUCAUCUAAUUUUGUUUCUGGUUUUGUUUCAUGACGGCUGGUCGGGUUUCAUUUCGGGGGGUUGGCGGAAGAUGAUGACUCAUCCGGUGAGGGAUUGGUGGGGUGGGGAUGUAACGUAUGUGUAUGGGUGUAUGUAUGUGUAUGCAUGUGGUGGAUCUGCGCAUUGUAUCAUGGUGUUGAUGCUUAUGUGAUUUAUUUCAUUCAUUGGUGUUAGAGAAAUAAAAUGUUGUAUUUUGGUAGCAUUAUUGUUGGCAU